ACAAACACCCAAUGUAUGAUAUACGAACUUAUGCGACAAUCUUACUAGAUUAUCUACACCAAUACAUAAAGCUGAAGAGUUUGUUUUUUUGAACACGUUAAUCUCAGGAAUUAUUGAAUGAUUUAGAACAUUUUCUCACUAAUAGGAAGCCACAUAAUUUCCGAGUGAUAUAGGCUACUUUUAUCCCGUAAAGAGUUUCACCAGGGCGGAGCCAAGAGCAAAAGCCAGAAGUUGAUAUUGUGCAAAUUACUCACGAUAUAAAUAUGUUUGUGUCUUGUUUCAUUUACCGUCAGUAUUUAUCGUGGUUUUGAUAACAACAAAUUAAUAAAUCCAAAGGGUUUAUAAGACUUGAAAAAAAAUCUUACAAAAGUACUUAUUUGCUGCUUACUAAGGCUCUAAGCGCAAUGACAAUUAACAUCAGAAUAUGGAGGACCAUCUAAAUUGGCCUUUAUGUCCAAAGUUUUAUGAUUCCUAAUCGCUGGAACUCCUAAACUAAGGUGGGAACAGACUAGAGGUUUUUACUAGUGUGAUGGUGUGUAAAAACGGUGCACAUAAAUAGAUGUGCGCAUCAUGGCGGAGGCGCAUAGCACACGCCUUCUUCAACUGCGUUCUCAUGAAGAAACUUAAAUCCGCUGUGAGGAAGUGGCGGAGGAUGCGCCUCUUCCGUAAGCGUGAUGACUCUUCAGUGACACGGCAAGUGUCGGCUGAUCCUGUUCCUUCCACCUCAGGCACCCCUGCACACCAUCCCAGGCCGCCACCAGCUGAAUUAUUACAGUUGGAGCCAGACGAAGGGCAAAGGUUAAGAGAACAGCAACUAAGACUGUAUUCGUUCUUCCAACUUAGAGUUCAUCUGAAGAGGGGACAAAAUUUAGUCGCUAUGGAUAAAAACGGUUUGUUAUCAGGCACAAGUGAUCCGUAUAUCAAGUUCAAAUCUGGGGGGAGGUUACUGCACAAAUCAAGGAUAGUGUACAGAGAUCUCAAUCCAGUGUGGGAUGAGUGCUUCACAGUGCCUAUAGAGGAUCCAUUCCAGCCAGUACAAUUAAAGGUGUUUGAUUACGACUGGGGUCUACAAGAUGACUUCAUGGGCUCUUGUAAUUUGGACCUCACAGCGUUGGAACUUGGCAGGACUCAGGACUUGGUGCUAUGUCUAAGGGACCCAAACAAACUGAAUCAGGACAUGGGGGAGAUUGUUCUUAACGUGACGCUGUGGCCAAAAUCGCAAGAAGAUAAAGAGCAG